AUGGCCGUAGUUGGCUCCGGUCCGGCCGGCUUCUAUACGGCAUACCGGGUCAUGUCCAAGGUACCGAAAACCAAGGUUGAUAUGUUCGAAGCGUUGCCUGUGCCAUACGGUCUAGUGAGAUUCGGCGUUGCGCCAGAUCAUCCUGAAGUCAAGAACUGUCAAGAAAAAUUCCAAGAAGUUGCAAGCUCUCCUGAUUUUACAUUUAUUGGGAAUGUCUCCAUCGGCAAUACAGGCGGACACUUCAGAUGCUGCACAAUUCCUUUGGCCUCUAUGAUGCAUCACUACGAUGCUGUUGUAUUUGCCUAUGGUGCAUCUAAAGACAAGCGCCUCGGAAUCCCUGGUGAAUCUGAGCUGCAGGGCAUCUACUCGGCCCGCGAGUUUGUAGGCUGGUAUAAUGGUCUACCAGAAUACGCAGACCUCGCACCGGAUCUCACUAAAGGAGACGAGGCUGUUAUCAUUGGUCAAGGAAAUGUUGCCCUUGAUGUUGCUAGGAUGCUGUUAGAGAAUGUAGAUAGACUACGAAAAUCAGAUAUAACAGAGGCGGCUAUCGAAACCCUGUUAAAGAGCCGCGUCAAACGAGUUCAUAUUGUGGGAAGAAGGGGACCAAUGCAGGCUGCUUUCACCAUCAAGGAAAUCCGGGAACUAAUGAAACUUCACGGGGUUGCUUUUCAUGACAUCGAUAUGUCGCUCAUCCCGGAUGAGAUCUCGAAGCUGCCUCGAGCUCGACGAAGACUCAUGGAAAUAAUGAUGAAAGGUUCAACGGCUCGGUUAGAAGAGGCUGCUAAGUCAUGGUCCUUGGACUUUUGUUUAUCUCCAACUGAAUUUCUUGGUCGACCCGAUGGAAAUAUCGAAAGUACGGUGUUUGAACGAACAUCACUAGCGUCGCCCUUUGACUCGUCCUCGAGUGUUGUUGGCACUGGCGAGAAAGUAACGAUACCAUCUUCUAUAGCGUUCCGUUCCAUUGGUUAUAAAUCUGUUGCUCUUCCUGGAUUUGACGAGGCGGGCAUCUCAUUUGAUGAUAGAAAGGGGAUUAUUGACAAUGAUGGAAUGGGGCGGGUAUUGCAAGUGAAAGGUGACGAAGGUAGCACUCAGCACCCAUUGCAUUUGCCUGGGGUUUAUUGCGCUGGCUGGGUAAAGAGAGGCCCAACAGGUGUCAUUGCGUCGACUAUGGAGGACGCAUUUUCUACUGGCGAUGCAAUUGCCUCCGAUUGGAAUUCUGAUGCCCCAUUCCUUAAAGGGGAAAGCAGCUCUGGCUGGGAAGCCUUACGGGCAGGGGUAGAGCAUGGCAAAUGCAGGGUUAUCCAGUGGGACGACUGGCGGAAGAUAGACAAGGCAGAAAGAGAGCGGGGUCUGCUACUAGGAAAAAAACGAGAGAAGUUCACGAGCACAACGGAAAUGAUAUCUGCAGCUGGAAACUAG